ACAGUUCACUGCGUUCAAGAUACUGAAAGCGAGGGGACGCCAAGGUCAUGUGACACAUGCCCCCGUUGUCAGGUGUAGACAGAAAAAUUAACAAUGAUAAUUGCUCACGUUUGCAAGGAAAGCUGAAAAUAGGACAUUCACAAACGGCGAAAGCAUACAGAAAGAUCAUGAAACUAACAUUCUUAAUAUGGCCGCUGUCGUGGUACGUUCUAAGUGGAACGACGUAUGGCUUCCUUUUUGAACCCACGUGCAUUGUCCCGCCUGGCUGCACGUGCACGUUGCCGACCAUCAACUGUGCAGAGAAAGGUCUUCCCAGAAUUCCACAAUUCAAUAUGACGUCGUAUAAUAUGAUGCUAUAUCUUAAGUUACAGCACAACCGCAUAAUAGUUGUCCCACCGGAGUCACUGAAGGGCAUACACACAGGCAAAUUAUACCUUGACAUGUCCUUCAACAAUAUCCGAGACAUACAUCCGAUCGCCUUUGCAGGCUUGGAGGACAACAUCACAAUCCUCAAUCUUGAGCACAACCUGCUCACAACAAUCCCCGUCGCUGUUGCCAACCUUUCAAGUCUGACUAUGUUGAAUAUCCAUGACAACGCGAUUGCUACCUUCGAUGCCGGCGUAAUGCGAUCCCUAGGGACUCACAUCGAAGUGCUGUACUUUGGAUCCCAUCAAAUGCGUCAAUGGCCAUCACAGUUGCAAUACCUAGCUAAUUUGACGGCUUUGCAUGUCUACGACCUGGGGUUGACCCAUCUUCCUCAACAUGCUUUCAAAGGCUUUCAGCAUACACUGAUCAAUUUGGAAAUAGAUUCUACAAAUUUAACAAGCGUUCCGCAAGCGGUCUGCGAUCUCCUCAGUCUAAGGAUAUUCUACUUUAACAACAACACAAAUCUUCACCAGCGCCACAUGCUCCCAUCUUGUUCUAGAGAUUUGGACCAUGUGACCGACGUUUCCUUUGACAAUAAUGAUCUAACGGAAUUCCCUCGCGUGCUUGACCUAUUUCCAAACGUCAACUCAUUGUCUGUGUCGGGUAAUCCUAAUUUGACAACUAUGGACAUCGUAACGGACAACACGGGGAGACUACGAAUCCUUAAGCUGUUCGACAACGGGUUUGCACACGUUCCGUUAGAGCUCGGGAAUUUUACGCUACUGGUAGACAUUGAUCUUCAUGGCAACAACUUGACUGAACUCAGUGACGGCGAUUUCGAUCAAUUGGUCCAUAUCAAUCGUCUAGACCUGAGUGAUAACCCUAUUUCCAAGGUGGAACCUAAUGCUUUUAGGGACAUGAUCUCGCUCUACUACAUUGGACUUUCCAAGACAGCUCUGCCCAACCUUCCAGUUGCACUUCUAGACUUGCACAGUCUCCAUUCCGUAGACUUUUUAAACAACGCUGUUGUCUGCAACUGUGACACGUUGUCAUGGUUACAGAAUAUGACUAAUAUAAAUUCGUUGAGAGUUACAGGCGUGUGUCACGAGCCAUUCGGUUUAACUGUGUCUCAAUUUAUGCAAUAUAACUUAGACAACUGUUAAAAGUAGUGUAUUAUCACAUAAUGCAAAUGUUCCGCGCUUCAUUAUGACAUUUGCAACAAGUAAAUCAACUAAACAUAGAAUACCAUUUUCAACAUAUAUAUUACUUUAAAGAUCCAAUGCAAGAACGAAAGCACUCAAUUAGCAAUUUCUGUACUCCGAAACAGUGUGUUCAGACAUUUUCAACAAGUACUUGUUUUUCACUAUAUAAAUCACGUUGUUGUUUGUCUAUGUCUGGUUAGCUACUGUACAAGUGGAAAUAUAUCGAAAGCUUAGAAAAUGAUAUACUUUUCGCUGAAGUCGCAAUACCAACUAAUCUGAUAUCGGCUAAUGAAGUAUGUCAGUGGGUGUGGUCUGGGACAUGUGUGAUGAAGAUCAUAUGUAAAAUACAAUAUUAAACUGAUUAUACAGUU